CAGUGUGUUUGCAGCGUGAAGAACACAUCACCAGAGCAUCAACUUAGCAACGUACUCAACAACCUAAGGUAAUAAAUGGAUUCGCUUAGAGAACUCAGAGAGCUACGAGGUAACCAGGGCCGAGAAGAAGAAGAAGAAGAAGGGGUAAUAUCAGCAGAGCCUAUCGCGAUGAUAGUGCCGCUGGAGUUGCAAGACUUGCUGGAAACAAUGGCGCCUGAGAGCAGCGCCAGUUCGAGCGCUAAGGACAACGGUGGCGACCACCCUACUGCCUCGUCUAGCAGCUCGUCCUCAGAAGAGACACCCAGCCGCGAGGAAGGGAUCGGGGGAUGUGGUUGGUCAUGUCUCAGACCGGCCUGUAGUUGGGGAGUGGGAAAGCAGAACGAUCACGGGCAGGCUAAGCAAUCUGCAAAAGGCGCCCAAGGAUCUGCCCGCUGGCGGACUAGAGUUGGCGCUAACGCAGCUAACGCCCAACAGUAUAAGGUUCAUCAUUGGCUUUAUGCUGUUGUGUGCGCGAUUAGAGGUACCGGCCAAGGCGAUCGUGUUCAAGUCGCUGUUUCAAUGCCGGCUGGGUCCCACCUCUCGAGGCGCAAAGUGGUAUUACCUUUCCGGGCGAGAGAAGAGCCAGCUGUUCAAGAACGUCCGGAACAAAGUGGCGAGCUGCUCACACGGGACACAAAUCUCAAGAAUCGGCUGCUGGAGCACGCAAGGAGCGAAAAUCUAAUAGAUCUCGAGGCCCUGGUUACCCCGAAGUUGCUCGCCGUGUUCGGGUUUGCCGACGUGGCAAACCUGUUUAACGAAGGCUCAAGAGGUCGAGGAGCGGGCAGCACCUCACAGAGGCAGACGCGUUUUGACGAGCGGCCGCCUCCAGCACCUCAAUCGCGCAGCUCGUCACACCGGGGAUCGAGCUUGGCGCCAAGGCCACGAGCCGAUCAUAGAGCUAAGGCCGCGGCCCCCAAUGCACGUAGGCGUCCACGGGAAGAAACAAAAAGUGAGGACGAAGUCCCCCUAAUCCGGCGCAAAACAAGCGGGGGGACUCAGCCUGCAGAGGCGGCUGGUCCUGCGGUCGUGGGCUCACCCACCGCGCGGGUAGCAGCAGAGCCUGCUUCUACAUCGGCCUCAGUGUCGGGCCCCAAGAUCGCUUAUCCUGAGGGCUUCAGCUAUGUGAAGGCGGAGUGCCAGCCCGCCAUGGUGCAAGGCAUGCACAACUUUGUGCCCCCCUCGGAUAGUAAGCGGGCAAAAGCUUUUGAGCAGCAGUAUGGCGCCCAGGUCGCCAUGAUCAAACUGAUGGAUGCAUUCAACUACGCUGUAGCGCUGUACGAGAGCGAGCAGAGGGCUCGUACACAGAAUAGGGAGCUCGGUUCAAAAUGUAAACAGCUGGCUGCUGAGAAGGCUAGCCUUAUGGACGAUGUGAAUUGUCUUCAAGGCUUUGAAAUGGUGAACCGAGCUGCGGCUGCAGAGAGCCGAGCGGACGAGCUCGCCAACAGAAACAAUGAGCUUAGGGAGGAGUUGGAGCAAGCCCGUGCUGAAAGAGAGAGUGGGAUCCAGGCAGCUAAGGAAGAAGCCGCUCGGGUCGCCGAGGCCGACCAGAACCUCACUGCUGCCAGGGAGGCGCUGAACGAGCUGAAGACUUCCCACGCGCGCUCUGUAAGCAUUGCUCGAGCUCAAGCGGCGGAAUGGUUCGUGGGUUCGGCUGCGUUUCAAGACGCCGUGGCGGUGGCGUCUGCAAAUGUAACCACGGAGAUCUACAACGAGAUCCGUGGGAAGGGGAAGAGUCUUGCUCCCCUUGUCGACGCAACGGUGCGGUUGAGGUGGGACCUCAACGAGGAGGGAGUGCCUGUUUGGCCUCUUCAGGUCCUUGAGGACGGGGAGGAUCCAGCGAGGCUGCCCUCUUCUGACGCAUGGGUAGAGGGUGCUCCUGUAGCUGAGCAGGAGCCUUCAAGCACCCCGCCUAACUCUCAGCCCGUUGUGGUGCUAGCUAGCUUGCUCGUCAGUGCACCAGCUUUUGAACCCGCAGCCCGGUCUCCUCUAGCUCGCUCUCCUGCAGCUGCUGCUGAUGCAUCCAUACCCGUCGAUCUGACGGAUGACUAGACUUAGGGUUUUUUCUUUUUGACUUUUUGUAUUUUCUUUUGAUUACUUGUAUUGAUCAAUGACAUUAUAUGUCAUGUAUUUCAACUGUAAAUGAUCAUUGAUGAAAUACAAAUUGAAUUUCCUU